ACUGAAUCUGGCUAUGGAUCAGAAUCAAGUCUACGACGCCAUGGCUCCAUGGUGUCUCUCGUAUCUGGAGCAAGUGGAUACUCUGCUACAUCAACCUCAUCAUUCAAGAAAGGUCAUAGCUUGCGUGAAAAACUUGCUGAAAUGGAAACCUUCAGAGACAUCCUGUGUAGACAGGUUGAUACUUUGCAGAAAUAUUUUGAUGCCUGUGCAGAUGCUGUUUCCAAGGAUGAACUUCAGAGAGAUAAAGUGGUAGAAGAUGAUGAAGAUGACUUCCCUACAGUGCGUUCUGAUGGGGAUUUCUUGCAUAAUAGUAAUGGCAGUAAAGAGAAAUUGUUUCCACAUGUGACACCCAAAGGAAUUAAUGGUAUAGACUUUAAAGGGGAAGCUAUAACUUUCAAGGCAACUACUGCUGGGAUUCUUGCUACACUUUCUCAUUGUAUAGAACUCAUGGUAAAACGUGAAGAGAGCUGGCAAAAAAGACUGGAUAAGGAAAUUGAAAAAAGGAGAAGAAUAGAAGAGGCAUACAAAAAUGCCAUGACAGAACUUAAGAAAAAAUCCCAUUUUGGAGGACCAGAUUAUGAGGAAGGUCCUAAUAGUCUGAUUAAUGAAGAAGAAUUCUUUGAUGCUGUUGAAGCUGCUCUUGAUAGACAAGAUAAAAUAGAGGAACAGUCUCAGAGUGAAAAGGUCAGAUUACACUGGCCGACACCUUUACCUUCUGGUGAUGCAUACUCUGCUGUGGGGACUCAUAGGUUUGUCCAGAAGCCCUAUAGUCGCUCUUCCUCCAUGUCUUCCAUUGAUCUAGUCAGUGCCUCUGAUGAUGUUCACAGAUUCAGCACCCAGGUGGAAGAGAUGGUGCAGAACCACAUGACUUACUCUUUACAGGAUGUAGGAGGAGAUGCCAAUUGGCAACUAGUAGUUGAAGAGGGUGAAAUGAAGGUUUACAGAAGAGAAGUAGAAGAAAAUGGAAUAGUUUUAGAUCCUCUGAAGGCCACACAUGCAGUCAAAGGAGUCACAGGGCAUGAAGUCUGCCACUACUUCUGGAAUGUUGAUGUUCGUAAUGACUGGGAAACAACCAUAGAAAAUUUCCAUGUUGUGGAAACCCUAGCUGAUAAUGCAAUCAUCAUUUACCAGACGCAUAAGAGAGUGUGGCCUGCUUCCCAACGGGAUGUGCUAUAUCUGUCAGCCAUUAGAAAGAUACCAGCAUUCAGUGAAAAUGAUCCUGAAACUUGGAUUGUCUGUAACUUCUCUGUGGAACAUGACAGUGCUCCUCUGAACAAUCGAUGUGUUCGUGCCAAAAUAAACAUUGCUAUGAUCUGUCAGACGUUGGUAAGCCCACCAGAAGGAAACAAAGAAAUAAGCAGAGACAAUAUCCUAUGCAAGAUUACGUAUGUAGCAAAUGUGAACCCUGGGGGAUGGGCACCAGCCUCAGUGUUACGGGCAGUGGCAAAACGGGAGUAUCCCAAAUUCCUGAAGCGUUUCACAUCAUAUGUGCAAGAGAAAACAGCAGGAAAGCCUAUUUUAUUCUAGUAUUAACAGUGAUUGGAACAAGACUGUGUGAACAUUCCAUGUUGGAGAGAGAACCCAAAUUGAAUGCUCCAAGCUGGAACAUAGGAUCUACAGUCUUUAUGGCCCAAGUCCUAGGCUUUGUGUACUAAAGUGAAGAAAUAUUGCAACACCAUGAAGCUGAACAU